UUGAAUACUCUUGCAUUCCUGAACUAAUUCACCAGUAUCACAUAAUUUUAGUCUAAGAGUUUAAUACAGAGAGCUCUGUGUUCCAACAGUGUAAGGGAAUCUUACUGGUAGUCAACAAGUCACUAGGAAGAAAACUAAACAAUAACACAGACCAAUUUUAUAACUCUGCAGUUUCUGGAUUCAACUGAUAAAAUGGAUACAGGUAAACAAGAGAACUAUGCUCUUUUACAUGAUGAAUCUGAUGUAGAAGAGUAUGAGAAAAGCAACAGAGGCAAUGAGAAGACUCAACAAGGGAAAUCAUAUAUGAGAGGACUGAAUACAAUCUACACAUUGGCACAACCACAGUGGCUUUGCCAUACAGUUUUCAUUGUGUUUUUGGUCUCUUCACAAGCAGCUCUAUGUAUCUUUGUUUUGACCAUGCACAUGGACCUAGAAACAAUUAAACUGGAUCAAGCAUUCUUACAGAAAGGCCAACUCAAUUAUGUUAAUAAUGUGAGUGGUUCAAGAUCUGAAAAUGCAACUCAGAAAACGGAAGGAUUAAAGUCGGAUGAACGAGGAAUGAAUAACAUCAGUCUUUUGAAAAGGAUUCAUGCUAUAGAAUUGAAUAUGAAAUCAGUGAAAAAGAUUGUUUCAAGUCAUGAGGAUUACAAAGCUGAACAAAUCCACCAACAAGCCGAAGCAACUAAGUAUGAAAAUGCAUUGGAAAGACAGUUCAAUAAUAUGACCAAAGCCUUAAAUACUAUUCGAAAUCACCUGGAGGAGAACAUGGAUAUAGUCUUCUCGCAGAUAUCACAACUAAGAGAUGAUGUCUAUUUUAUUGAAAAUGCUUUAAACCGCUCAAAGCAAGAACAUUUAGGUGUCAUUGAAACAACACCAAAGCCAACAGCGGAACUCCCAAUCCAGAAGACAACAGAUCCUCUGUACAUGGAACCUCAGACUAUGCAGACUCUGUCAGAGAUGAGAACUGCGAUGCAAUCAAUUUCAAAGCCAAAUGAUGUUUUAGAAACAAUUGAUCAAUUAUCAAUUCCUUUUCUAAAGAGUCGACCAGACUUUCAGGUAUUUUUCUAUGGAGCAGAUAAAGAUGCAAAUGGAUUUUUGUCUUACGAUGAAAUAAAGAAAGUUCUUGGAGAAGAAGCCCCAAAUGAGGAUGUUCUAGCUCAGUUUGAUGAUGAUAAAAACAGAUAUUAUUCUUACAUUGAACUAAUCAGAGCAUUUCAGUUACCAGAUUAAAUUGAAAGAUCAAAAAACAAGAUAGAAGACAGACAACUACAAGGGAAGACGUUAGUGGACAGCUAUGAAAAAAAAAUGCAUACACGCAACUUUUUAAUAAACAAUGUUUUAUUAAAAUUACUGCAUUUACACAAACAAUGGAUGUAUUUCUGACAUACAGAAAUAAAUGCUGUUAUCCUACAAUUUAAAAGUGUAAUUCAGUUAUAGGCUUUACAGUAAUUGUUUCAAAUAUCUUAGUAACUUUUUUUCUAUGUCACAUCAAAAUGUAAUUUUACCGCAUUACAUCUUAAUAAAAACAAAUGUUACUUAGU